UAAACGAGAGAGAGACCAUAGAGAGAGAGAACUUGAAAAGCAUUGCAAUAUACGUUUGCUCCAUUUGGUGCCAUUGGCUGUGGCUAAAUCUGGCACAUGGAGUUGAACUAGUUAGUUCAGUGGGAAUGCAUUGUUAGCACAGUACUAUAAUAGUAUCCACUGACUCUAGCUCUUUCAUAUUGCCUUGUCGUAACUCCUAAGCAACAAUCAGUGAGUGACCAAAAGUGAAAACUAAAAACAAUCCGUGUUCUUUUCGCAAAGCCAACAAGCCUCCAAGACCUGCUUCAAAAACCAAGCACAAAUAGUGAUAUCAUAUCACAUUCUUUUUUAUAUAGUCACUGCUCUAUUAGUGCACUUUGUCUCUCCAAAGGAAACUAAGUAAGCCCCCAAAUGGAUCGGCUUUCAUCAGCAACUACGUUUGAAAGCAUGCAUUAUGGCAGUGCAAACCAAAUGGGUUUGAUUUGGCAGCAAGCCAGGGCACCCUUGAUGGUUCCAUUGCUGAAAUUGUUAGUGGUUUUGUGCCUAGCCAUGUCAGUUAUGUUAUUUGUGGAGAGAGUUUAUAUGGGUAUAGUCUUAGUCAUUUUGAAGUUUUUUAGGCGAAAGCCAGAGAAGCAAUACAAAUGGGAGCCACUCAGGGAUGACCUUGAGCUAGGAAACUCUGCAUACCCAAUGGUCUUGGUGCAAAUUCCAAUGUACAAUGAGAAAGAGGUGUAUCAAUUAUCAAUUGGAGCUGCCUGUGGGCUAUCAUGGCCAUCUGAUAGAAUUAUUAUUCAAGUUCUUGAUGAUUCCACAGACCCAAUCAUUAAGAAUAUGGUGGAGGUGGAAUGCCAGAGAUGGGCCAGCAAAGGCAUAAACAUAAAGUAUGAGAUCAGAGAGAACAGAAAUGGAUACAAAGCUGGGGCUCUCAAAGAAGGCAUGAAGCACAGUUAUGUCAAUCUAUGUGACUAUGUGGCCAUCUUUGAUGCUGAUUUCCAACCUGAGCCUAACUUCCUUUGGCGCACCAUCCCAUUCCUGGCUCACAACCCAGAAGUUUCACUUGUCCAAGCUCGAUGGAAAUUUGUAAAUGCUGAUGAAUGCUUAAUGACAAGAAUGCAAGAGAUGUCAUUGGACUAUCAUUUCCUUGUGGAGCAGGAAGUUGGGUCCUCAACCUAUGCUUUCUUUGGUUUCAAUGGCACAGCUGGUGUUUGGAGAAUUUCAGCAUUAAAUGAAGCUGGUGGAUGGAAGGAUCGCACAACAGUUGAAGAUAUGGAUUUGGCUGUCCGAGCUGGUCUCAGAGGCUGGAAAUUUGUCUACCUUAGUGACCUCAAGGUGAAAAAUGAAUUGCCAAGUACCUUCAAAGCCUACCGUUAUCAGCAGCACCGGUGGUCAUGUGGCCCAGCUAAUCUUUUCAGGAAAAUGGCAAUGGAAAUCUUAAGAAACAAGAAAGUCUCCAUGUGGAAGAAGUUUUAUGUGAUUUAUAGUUUUUUCUUUGUACGAAAGAUCGUAGCCCAUGUGGUCACAUUUGUAUUCUACUGUAUCGUGAUGCCAGCAACUGUUUUAGUUCCAGAAGUAGAAGUUCCCAAGUGGGGUGCUGUCUAUAUACCUUCUAUCAUUACCCUCCUUAAUGCUGUUGGAACUCCAAGGUCAAUCCACUUAUUGAUAUUCUGGAUACUUUUUGAAAAUGUCAUGUCAAUGCAUAGGACCAAGGCAACACUUACAGGUUUGCUUGAGGCAGGAAGAGUCAAUGAAUGGGUAGUUACUGAGAAAUUGGGAGAUGCUCUUAAAACAAAAUCAGUUGGCAAAGCAGCUAAGAAGCCUCGUAUCAGGAUUGGUGAAAGGCUUUAUUUCCUAGAACUUGGAGUGGGAGCCUACCUCUUUUUCUGUGGAUGGUAUGAUCUUACCCAUGGGAGGAACCACUACUUCAUAUAUCUUUUCCUGCAAUCUUUUGCCUUCUUUGUGGUUGGGGUUGGCUAUAUUGGCACCUUUGUUCCUAAUUCUUAGAGGAACUCCUCCAUCAGAAUUAUUGAGUAUCAUUCGGCAUCCCAUUCACUACAAGAAGGAACAAAACGCAGUUUCUUCUGCCGGUAGCUGCCAUUCAAUUUGUUUUAGUAGC